AUAGAAGAAAGCGCAGGUGCUGACCUUGGUCUAGUACUAAUGAUGCUGAUAUUCAUCCAGAGUCUGAGGAAAGAAAACUCGAGCAAAAUCAAAGAAACCUUAGAGACGAUGAAGCUUUUGCAAGACAGUUACAAAUGAUGGAAAGAGAAAAUGAAAGUGAUGGAGAAAUUAACAUUCUUAACAUUGAUUCUCAGUAUAAAUAAAGAAGACAUUCAAUAUAUGGACUUUACUCCUGAAUCAGAAGAAGAUCAGAUAACUUAUAAAUACAAUUGUCCUGUCUGACUUAGAUACUUUGAUAAAAUCUUAGCAGGAAAAUGCUGAGGGAACUACCUUUGUCAUUUAUGCAUCGAUGAUUUCAUCAAAAUGGCUGAUCGGAACAAACAUUAUAAAAUGAAGUGCCCAAUGUGAAACCACGAAGAGCUUGACCUUCAGGAUGCUGACCCAGAGGAUGAAGUAAAGAGAUAUGGAAAUACAUUCAUAAAUACCAAUCAAUUAAAAGAAACUUUGAAGGAGGUCGGAGAUAAUGAAGAUAAAAAUUUCCUUAAUAAAGUUGACCAGUUUCUCGAAAAGAUUCAAUUGAAGCAAGCGUCAAGUGCCAAUAAUUUUCACCCAAACAAGUUAGAAGCCAGAGCAGAUUCAAGAGAAAAUAGCGAACAUUUGGAUCACUCACCUGAAAAUAAAAGUAAAACUCUGAUUGUGCAAGAUAAAGAGAACGUUGAUAGACUGGGUGUUAAUAUGCUCACCUCUCAGAACAAAAUAGAACCAUCCAAUGAUAGUCUCAAUUACAGAGAUGACAUAGAAGAGCAAAAAGGUUCGGAUAAAAUGUCUCCUCAGGAAGAAUUACAUUCAGCAAACGACGAUAAUUCUAUAAAUUCGAGGGAUUUAAUAAGUGAGCAACAAAAGAAGCGAAUGGAAAAAUUUCAUGACCAGAAUCAAGAAGAUGAUAGGGCAUAUAUUAAUAUGAGUGAAAACGCAUAA